AUCCAGACUAGACUACGAGGAAAUCUAGAAUGGGCCCCACCUCGUGCUCAGAUUAUCUUCAAUAUUCAUCCAACACCAAAGAGAAAUGUUAUAUUAGCUAAACAGAACUACAGAUGUGCUGGGUGUGGAAUGAAAGUAGAAUUAGAUUACAUAAAGAGAUUUCGUUACUGUGAAUACUUAGGGAAAUAUUUUUGUCAGUGUUGUCAUAGCAACCAAUUACAAUACAUACCUGGUAGAAUAAUACGGAAAUGGGAUUUUACAAAGUAUCCAGUUUCUAACUUUGCUCGUGAUGUUUUGACUAGAUUAUGUAAAGACCCUCUAUUUAAUAUAGGAGAUAUAAAUCCAUCUAUCUAUCGGAAAUCUAAAACUCUAGAAACUAUUCGAGAUUUAAGAAAACAACUAUAUCAUCUUUAUUCUUUUCUUAAAGUUUGCAAAACUGGUUUUAGUCUUUUAGAAGAUAUAGAGAAACUACCACGACAUUGGUCAGAAGACAGUUAUAUAUACUCACUACAAGAUUUAUUAAAUGUUAAAAAUGGUAGUAUGUUAAACCAGUUAAAGAAUAUAGUAUCAACUAGUUUAUCACAUGUUGACUCUUGCCAGUUUUGUCAAGGUAUGGGUUUUAUUUGUGAAAUGUGUCAUGAAAACGAUGUUAUUUUUCCUUUUCAACUCAAUAAAAUAUCUACAUGUUCUGACUGCCAUUCUUGCUAUCAUAAAGAAUGUUUCGUGCCUGAUAAAUGCUCUAAAUGUGCAAGAAUUGAAGCAAGGUUAGUUAUGUAUCAACUCAUAGACGAAUACCUGAUUCAUCAGAUUGUCACAUAA